AUGCUGUGUAAAAGUAUAUCGUAUUCUGUUCGAAAGGGUCCGCGACCUCGUCAACUUCAUCAUGUACCAAAAGCACCUUUACCUGGAGAACCAGCAAAACCAUAUACGCUUACUGAAAUUCCUGGGCCUAGGUCCGAGGCUCUACUCAAUGAAUUUUCCAAAAUUCAGCAAGUAGGCUCCAUUCAAUAUUUUGCAGACUACCAAAGAUCUGUUGGGAAUUAUUUAGCAGAUAUUGACGGUAAUGUUUUCUUAGAUAUGUUUAUGCAAAUUUCUACGCUCCCUCUUGGAUACAAUCAUCGGUCUAUUCUUGGCGCAUUGUCGUGUGUAGGAAAUCAACGAAUAAUGGCAAAUAGACCAGCAUUAGGAUUGUUCCCCGGUUUGGAAUGGCCGUGCAAACUUCAAGAUACAUUGCUUCAACCAUGUGUAGCUCCAAAGGGAUUACCAUGUGUUUUCACAACUACUUGCGGUGCUUGUUCAAACGAGCAUGCUAUACAAACUUCAUUUAUAAAAUAUGCGGAAAGACGUCGUCGAGGCGGAAGUUUUACAAACGAAGAAAUGAAAAGUGCACCCUUUAAUAAGCCCCCCGGCUGUCCCGAAUUGUCUAUUCUUUCUUUUGAAGGAGGAUCUCAUGGCAGAACGUUUGCUGCGCUGGCGUUAACACAUUACAAGUUUAUAAUGAAAGUUGAUAUACCUUCCCUUCCAUGGCCAAUAGCGCCUUUUCCCCAAUAUUUGUAUCCCUUAGAUCAACACGAAGAAGAAAAUAAAAAAGAGGAUACGCGAUGCUUGGAACAAAGAUCUAUUCCCUUAAUAAUCGACGAAGUACAAACAGGGGGUGGUGCAUCUGGACGAAUAUGGGUACAUGAGUAUUUUGAAUUAAAUACUCCCCCUGACAUUGUUACAUUUAGCAACAAAAUGCAAGCAAGUGGUUUCUAUCAUUCUUCCGAAUACAUGCCCAUGCGUCCAUAUAGAGUGUUUAAUACAUGGAUGGGAGAUCCAAGCAAAAUAUUACUAUUAGAAGCAGUACUGCAAACUAUUGAAGCAGAGAAUUUAUUGACUCAUGUUUGUCAUGUCAGUAAUUAUUUACUUUGUCAACUAAAUGCAUUGCAAUAUGAAUUCCCACAAGUUAUGAAUUCUGUACGUGGUAGAGGAUUUAUCAUAGCAUUUGAUAUGGGGUGUAAAGAUAUGAGAAAUAAGCUACUAUAUCAAAUACGCUGUAAAGGUAUCCAGGUGGGAGAAUGUGGACCAAAAUCAAUUCAACUCAGACCAUGCUUAAUAUUUGGCGAAUAUCAUGCAGAUAUCUUUUUAGAAAAUCUUCGUGUUUGCUUGCAAGAACUCACAGAAAGCUGA